UGGCCCUGGCUCCGCCUGCGACCCAUGACGACGGCUCCUAUUCCUUCUCCUCCUCCUUUGGGCCACAAACUUUUCCUCCUCCUCCUCCUCCUUGGUCCCGUUGAGGCUGGAAAAUGGCGGCUGUAUAGAAAGAAAUAGCCCUCCUUCCUUGGCUUUCCCCCUGAUAAUAAGGCUCCCUGGCGCCAUGACGCGUUGGGUGCCCACCAAACGGGAGGAGAAAUACGGCGUCGCAUUCUACAAUUAUGAUGCCAGAGGGCCAGAUGAGCUGUCUCUGCAAAUAGGAGACACUGUGCACAUACUGGAAACUCAUGAAGGUUGGUACAGAGGGUACACUUUAAGGAAAAAAUCAAAAAAAGGCAUAUUUCCAGCUUCCUAUAUACAGCUGAAAGAAGCAAUUGUUGAAGGAAAAGGGCAACAUGAAACUGUUAUACCUAGUGAACUCCCACUCAUUCAGGAGGUUACAACUACACUACGGGAAUGGUCCACAAUAUGGCGACAGCUUUAUAUUCAAGAUAACAGAGAAAUGUUCCAUAAUGUAAGGCACAUGAUAUAUGAUCUUAUUGAAUGGAGAUCACAAAUACUUUCUGGAACCCUACCCCAGGAUGAGCUCAAGGAAAUGAAAAAGAAAGUCACUGCCAAGAUUGAUUAUGGAAACAGAAUUCUUGAUUUGGAUCUAGUGGUAAGGGAUGAGGAUGGAAAUAUAUUAGAUCCAGAGCAAACCAGCACCAUCAGCCUUUUCAGAGCACAUGAAAUAGCUUCCAAGCAAGUGGAGGAACGACUGCUGGAAGAAAAAUCUCAGAAACAGAAUCUUGACAUUAGCAGACAAGCCAAGUUUGCUGCUACACCUUCAUUUGCCUUAUUUGUAAACCUGAAAAAUGUUGUUUGCAAAAUUGGAGAAGAUGCUGAAGUCUUGAUGUCUUUGUAUGAUCCUUUGGAAUCCAAGUUUAUCAGUGAGAAUUAUUUGGUGAGGUGGUCAAGUUCAGGACUGCCAAAAGACAUAGAUAGAUUACAUAAUCUUCGAGCAGUCUUCACAGACCUUGGCAGCAAAGACCUGAAAAGAGAGAAAAUCAGUUUUGUCUGUCAGAUCGUACGAGUAGGCAGAAUGGAACAAAGAGACAACAACACAAGAAAGCUAACCUCUGGGCUACGGCGACCUUUUGGUGUGGCAGUAAUGGAUGUAACUGACAUAAUUAAUGGGAAAGUAGAUGAUGAGGAUAAGCAACACUUCAUUCCAUUUCAGCCGUUAGCAUUGGAUAACGCCAUUCGACAUAAGCAGUUGAACAUAUCAUCCCGUUUUUCACCCAGGGUGGCAGGGGAGAAUGAUUUCCUUCAGACUGUUAUAAACAAGGUGAUUGCUGCUAAAGAAGUUAAUCACAAGGGUCAGGGUUUGUGGGUGACAAUGAAGCUUCUUCCAGGAGACAUUCAUCAAAUAAGAAAGGAGUUCCCCCAUUUGGUUGACAGAACCACAGCUGUGGCAAGGAAAAUGGGUUUUCCUGAGAUUAUUAUGCCUGGUGAUGUACGUAAUGAUAUUUAUGUAACAUUAGUUCAAGGAGAUUUUGACAAAGGCAGCAAGACUACAGCAAAGAAUGUAGAGGUUACAGUAUCGGUUUAUGAUGAAGAUGGCAAAAAACUGGAGAAUGUAAUUUUUCCUGGUGCUGGAGAUGAAGCCCUUUCAGAAUAUAAGUCUGUAAUAUACUACCAAGUAAAGCAACCACGCUGGUUUGAAACUGUUAAGGUUGCAAUCCCUAUUGAAGAUGUAAAUCGCAGUCACCUGAGGUUUACAUUCCGGCACAGGUCAUCACAGGAUUCUGCCAAAGAUAAGUCUGAGAAAAUAUUUGCCCUGGCAUUUGUUAAAUUGAUGAGAUAUGAUGGAACAACGUUACGGGAUGGGGAGCAUGAUCUUAUAGUGUACAAGGCUGAAGCAAAGAAGCUAGAAGAUUUUUCAACAUAUUUAAGCUUGCCAUCAACUAAAAUAGAAUUAGAGGAGAAAGGUCACUCUACAGCUGGCAAGAGCAUGCAAAAUCUUGGAAGCUGCACCAUCAGUAAAGAUUCUUUCCAGAUAGCUACGCUAGUUUGCUCAACAAAGCUAACACAAAAUGUGGACUUGCUGGGGCUGCUGAAGUGGAGAUCGAACACAAACCUGCUACAACAGAAUUUGAGGCAACUGAUGAAAGUUGAUGGGGGUGAAGUUGUUAAGUUUCUUCAAGACACACUGGAUGCUCUUUUUAACAUCAUGAUGGAAAAUUCAGAGAGUGAGACAUUUGAUACAUUGGUGUUUGAUGCUUUGGUAUUUAUCAUUGGACUGAUUGCUGACAGGAAGUUCCAGCAUUUUAAUCCUGUUUUAGAAACCUACAUUAAGAAACAUUUCAGUGCUACCUUGGCCUACACGAAACUGACAAAGGUUUUAAGAACCUAUGUGGAUAAUGCUGGUGUCACGGAUCAACUAUUCAAAGCUAUGAAAUCUUUGGAAUACAUCUUUAAAUUCAUUGUGCGGUCAAGAAUCUUGUUCAACCAACUUUAUGAAAACAAAGGAGAAGCUGACUUUAGGGAAUCUUUGCUUCAGCUCUUUAAGUCAAUAAAUGAGAUGAUGAGUAGUCCCUCUGAACAGACUGUUAUAGUAAAGGGAGCUGCACUUAAAUACUUGCCAACUAUUGUGAAUGAUGUGAAACUUGUUUUUGAUCCAAAAGAACUUAGCAAACUGUUUACAGAUUUUAUAUUGAAUGUUCCAAUGGGCCGUCUGACAAUUCAAAAACUGUACUGUCUGAUUGAAAUAGUUCACAGUGACCUUUUCACACAGCACGACUGUAGAGAGAUCUUGUUGCCAAUGAUGACUGAUCAGCUGAAAUAUCAUUUGGAAAGACAGGAAGACUUGGAAGCAUGUUGCCAGUUGCUCAGUAACAUCUUGGAGGUUCUUUACAAGAAAGAUGUGGGGCCAACACAGCGGCAUGUACAGAUUAUAAUGGAAAAGCUACUGAGGACAGUAAACAGAACAGUCAUAUCAAUGGGACGUGAUUCAGAACUCAUAGGAAAUUUUGUUGCAAGCAUGACUGCUAUUUUGAGACAAAUGGAGGACUACCAUUAUGCUCAUUUAAUCAAGACUUUUGGAAAAAUGAGAUCUGAUGUUGUUGACUUUCUGAUGGAGACAUUUAUCAUGUUCAAGAAUCUCAUUGGGAAGAAUGUCUAUCCCUCUGACUGGGUUAUAAUGAAUAUGAUGCAGAAUAAAGUCUUCCUGCGUGCAAUUAAUCAGUAUGCAGAUAUGCUAAACAAGAAAUUUCUUGAUCAAGCCAACUUCGAGCUACAGCUUUGGAACAACUACUUUCACCUUGCUGUUGCAUUUCUAACUCAAGAAUCAUUACAACUGGAGAACUUUUCAAGUACUAAAAGAUGCAAAAUACUUAACAAGUAUGGUGAUAUGAGAAGACAAAUUGGCUUUGAGAUCCGUGACAUGUGGUAUAAUCUGGGUCAGCAUAAAAUCAAGUUCAUUCCUGAGAUGGUGGGACCAAUGUUGGAAAUGACGCUAAUCCCUGAAACAGAACUUAGAAAAGCAACCAUCCCUAUAUUUUUUGAUAUGAUGCAGUGUGAAUUUCACUCUACCAGAAGCUUUCAGAUGUUUGAAAAUGAGAUCAUCACCAAGCUGGAUCAUGAAGUAGAAGGCGGGAGAGGCGAUGAGCAAUAUAAAGUGUUAUUUGAAAAAAUUCUCCUGGAGCACUGUAGAAAACACAAAUACCUUGCCAAAAAUGGUGAAAUGUUUGUUAAACUUGUGGUCCGUCUGAUGGAGAGACUUCUAGAUUACAGAACUAUUAUGCAUGAUGAAAACAAGGAGAACCGUAUGAGCUGCACUGUUAAUGUGCUGAAUUUCUACAAAGAGAUUGAAAGAGAAGAAAUGUAUAUAAGGUAUUUGUACAAGCUUUGUGACCUGCACAAAGAAUGUGAUAACUACACUGAAGCAGCCUACACAUUACUCCUACAUGCAAAACUUCUUAAGUGGUCAGAAGAACCAUGUGCAGCACACCUUACUCAGCGGGAUGGAUACCAAGCAGCUACACAAGGACAGCUAAAAGAUCAGCUCUAUCAAGAAAUUAUCCAUUAUUUCGACAAGGGCAAGAUGUGGGAAGAAGCUAUUGCCUUGGGCAAAGAACUAGCAGAACAGUAUGAAAAUGAAAUGUUUGAUUAUGAACAACUCAGUGAACUGUUGAAAAAGCAAGCACAGUUCUAUGAAAACAUUGUGAAAGUAAUCAGACCCAAACCAGAUUACUUUGCUGUUGGAUACUAUGGACACGGAUUCCCAACAUUUCUACGGAACAAAGUUUUCAUUUAUCGUGGAAAAGAAUAUGAGCGCCGUGAAGAUUUUGAAGCAAGGUUAUUAACCCAGUUUCCUAAUGCUGAGAAAAUGAAGACAACAUCUCCUCCAGGCGAAGAUCUCAAAAACUCCCCAGGGCAAUAUAUUCAGUGUUUUACUGUAAAACCAAAACUAGAUUUACCACCAAAAUUCCACAGACCAGUAUCAGAACAAAUUUUAAGUUUCUAUAGAGUGAAUGAGGUUCAAAGGUUUGAAUAUUCACGACCUGUUCGGAAAGGAGAGAAAAACCCAGACAAUGAAUUUGCGAAUAUGUGGAUUGAGAGGACCAUUUAUGUGACAGGAUAUAAAUUACCUGGGAUUUUAAGAUGGUUUGAAGUGAAAUCAGUUUUUAUGGUUGAAAUCAGCCCACUUGAAAAUGCAAUUGAAACAAUGCAAUUAACGAAUGAUAAAAUCAACAAUAUGAUUCAGCAACAUUUGAAUGAUCCAAACUUACCUAUUAAUCCUCUGUCUAUGCUACUAAAUGGUAUUGUGGACCCUGCAGUUAUGGGCGGCUUCACCAACUAUGAAAAGGCUUUCUUCACUGAAAAAUAUAUGUAUGACCAUCCUGAAGAUCAUGAAAAAAUUGAAAAACUAAAGGAUCUAAUUGCAUGGCAGAUUCCUUUCCUGGCCGAAGGUAUCCGAAUUCAUGGUGAUAAAGUAACAGAAGCACUAAGGCCAUUUCAUGAAAGGAUGGAAGCCUGUUUUAAACAACUGAAAGAAAAAGUUGAAAAGCAGUAUGGCGUGCGAACUCUUCCUUCAAGCGUUGAUGAUAGACGAGGCAGUCGGCCAAGGUCUAUGAUUAGAUCAUUCACAAUGCCUUCAUCUUCAAGGCCACUGUCUAUUGCUUCAAUAUCUUCAGUAUCAUCUGACAGUACUUCUUCUAGACCUGGGUCUGAUGGGUUUGUGCUUGAGCCCCUUCUUCCAAAGAAGAUGCAUUCUCGUUCGCAAGAUAAGUUGGAUAAGGAUGACCCAGAUAAAGACAAGAAAGAAAGAAAGAAAGAAAAAAGAAACAGCAAGCACCAAGAGAUAUUUGAAAAAGAAUUUAAAUCAACUGAUAUUUCUCUGCAGCAAUCUGAAGCAGUAAUACUUUCUGAAACGAUCAGUCCACUGAGACCUCAAAGACCAAAAAGCCAAGUUAUUAAUACAAUGGGAAGUGAAAAACGUUUUUCUGUUUCCCCGUCACCACCUUCUCAAAGCAUCCCUCCUCCAGUCACUCCAAGGACCAAGCUGUCAUUCAGUUUACAGUCCAAUCUGGAACUAAAUGGCAUGACAAGUUUGGAAAUGACAGACAUUCCUCCUCCGCUGCCUCUGAAAGGCAGCAUGGCAGAUUAUGGAAAUCUCACAGAGACACAUGAAUCUAUCAGCCCUGCCACAUCCCCACCUGUACCUCAAAGACAACUGCCACCUCCAUUACCAAGCAAAACACCACCGCCACCUCCUCCAAAGACUACUCGGAAACAAACCUCUGUGGAUUCUGGGAUUGUCCAGUGAACAAGACCAAUACCUCUAAAGACUGAGCUGUAAAAUUUCUUUUCCUGAAAGAUGUACACAAUGAUUUGGCCCACUGCAAGUCAGCAACAUGUAACACUUAAUGCAAUGGGUCUCAAAUUCAGGGCACCAGUGAUAUUUUGAAGUAUGGAUACACGAUUACAGGCUUCAAAUCUAUUCAAAGCACAAUUAGGCUUAUUAAAAUAUUCUAGUAAUUUUUAAUAUGAAAAUGGUUCUAGUUGGGUCCAAAACAUUUAGAGGAUUAUCACACAAAGCUUCCCUUCUGAUGCUGUUGUAGCUUUUUAAACACCUGGAAUAACAACACUUCUUUUCACAUUGGUUGGCUGUGUAUCAUAUUGUACUACUGUUCUGUUUACUCAUUAGCUAUCCGAGAAUAAGUAAUUGUGAGGCUGAAAACAGAUGGUGGUAAAGAAGCGACAUGCCACUGCCCCUUUGAGUGCCGAGUUGGUUCUGCAGCAACCAUAUGCCACAGCCCCAACCUGGCAUUUUCCAGGCACAAAAAGAAGAAGCAAAAAGCUACUCUUUUUUGCACCAGGAAAAAGGCGCCUUUGCCACGACUGCAGCAGUUUCUCUGGGUUUCGGUGGUGUUCGACGUCUAAACAUUGGCGCCGCUGCAAAUCUGUUGAUGUGUGGUUGCUCAAGGUGGCUUCACAGCAUGUUCCCAGCAUCUUGGGAGUGUGCGUCAUGUGUACGCCACACCCCCAAGCUACUGGGAAGCUGACUCUUUUUGUUGGUCUGUACUCGCUCUAAGUCAAACCUCUUUAAAUCCCCUUGUUCCUGGGCCAGAUAAAAGGGUUGUCUGCUCAGCACUAAGAAGUAUUGCUUUCAUUGGGAAAAGUGGGGGUUCAGUCAAACCCCUUUAAAUUCCCCUUCUUUCUGAAUUAUCCCUGAAUGACCUAUGGCACAUACUUCAAGAACUGGUUAACUGCACAAUUGACAGCUAUUCACAGGAUAUUCCUGUUCAUUAAAAGCAGCAGGAGAAGUACGGAUUGACUACAGGAUGCUUACUCUCCAGCCACGAUGUGGUACAAUAAGAUCCAUUGAUUACAUUUUCAUUCCUCAUUCUAUCCCACUUUUGAAGAACCAUGUGAUAAUCUACUUAAUCAAAACAGUGUGAUUAAGUCUUUGCAGGAAUAAAAGAAAACAAUAAGCUUUAUUUUCAGAUGAGCACACACAGAUAUUAGGAAAGGAUUGUUCUAAUGUCUUCAACAUACUUUGCUGUCAUUCCUCUAAUCCCUGACAUCAAAGAAAUAGGAAAACAGAGUAAUUCUGAUUGUUCUGGGCUUCCAUUAAUUUUGGUGUCUUGGGGGUUGUUUUUUUAAAGUUCUUUUGUGACUGAAUAAGGACCAACCAUUGGCUGAACCUUUUGCCUUUAUUUUAGUGUAAAUUAUGUUUUAGGCUUCAGGACAAUAUUGUUAUGGGCAAUAACAUCAUGUAUGCAAAUUCUCAACUCUUGGACAUCCUAAACGCAUAUAGGAAGGAGAAGAGUAUUUUGAAACAAAAUUUCAAAUUUCACACAUAAAUGUAUUUGACUAUAGUAAUUUCAUUAUGUACAGACAUUUUGUAUAUAUGAUACAUCUUACCGUAUUUAGUUUUACUGUGUCUACUUUUAAAGUAAUAAUGGUAUAAUGUACCUUCAAAUGUGUUACAGCAUUUUAAAUGUUGGUAACUGCUGAAACUGUAUAAAGGGCUAACUUGUUUGUUAUUCCUACUAACUGAAUUUUGAAAAUGUUAGAUGGUUAUGAAGAAAAUCCGAAAAGAGAUUAACUUUUUAAAAAUGUACUUUUUUUCUACCAAUGCCAAACUUUAUAAUCUUAACUAUAGUUUUAAUAUUUCAUUUUCCCCGUAAAUAAACAUAUUUUAAAAUAUUA